AUGCAUGUCUCUCCCAACACCUCCAUAGUUACCUUGCUCGACUCCUUCCACUUGGAGAUCUUCAGCAUCAUUUCGAACAACUCAAGAGCAUCAAAUUGGUAUCGGAAGGUGGUGCUGACUUGCUCCAUCAACAAGCCCUUGGAGCUCGAAAACGGUACCCCAUCAAGCCCGGCCAACCAGCUACUUGGCGCCAAGGGCUCGGCGCUGUUAUCCACCAACAACUGGAAGCUUGAGCGGAUCAACCGGCCUUACCCCCUGCCCUUCCUCUUUUGGGCCUGGACCCUGCUCCAAGUGGCUCUUGAACUUGCGCAAGGCAACGAGGCCGCCGACCUGGCGACGGGCAAGAGAACCAACACUCAGAUCUGCCGGCUGAUGAUUCAAGGCUGGCUGGGCAAGUUGACAGAAUCCAAGACUGCUUCAUACUUGAAAAUCCUCUCAACCUUGGCCUGCAUCAGGUGUGAUGAUCUCUGGCUGCUCCGCCGCCCAGAAACUUGGGAUGUUAUGCUUUAG